AUGAGUUCUAAUAGUCGAGUACUUUCUGAAAACGUCACACCAAAGCGACGUCGGCUCGGUAUACGAAAAACUAGACCUACACCAGUUAAAACAAAAAAUUCGCCUUUUGUAAAUAGUACACCAACACAUUUGCGGCUUUCUAAUAUAAGCAAAUGUGAGUCUCCACCACUGCCAUGCAAUCAAGUGCAAUACUUAUCAGCAUCACCUAGUAACAGCUCUGUAACCAGCGAGAUACCAGGUUCACCAGGCGUUUUUGAAACUUGCUUUUUUAAGGAUGUAGAAAAUUGGGAUUCAUUUAUAGCUUCUAAGAAUAAAGAAAAUGCCCUAAUGAACUGUACAGAGGAGUUCGAUAGUGAAUUUGAAUCAAAGUUUGAACAAAAAUAUAGUCAAAAUCAGGACUGUAGCAUUCUUACGACGAAUUGUGAAAAAUUAUUCAGAGAUGAGAUUGAAGAGACUUUUAAUGCAUUUAAUCAAUCUAUAGCUAAUAUUAAUAAUGAUAUUCGUAACUGUGAUAAUAGUGCUUUGUUUGAAACUAAAGACUCAUUUUUACUAGAUAUACGAGAAAGUGGAAUUGUAGCUAACAACAAAGAUGAAAUAAUCAAAUCUAAAAAGAAUCAAGUUAAUGUAACUCAAAAUAAUUUUUAUGGUUUACCAAUGAUUGUCAAGGGAUUAUUUAAAACUUACAGAAAUAUUGAAAAGUUUUAUGAUUGGCAAGAAGAAUGUCUAAAUUUAGGUGCAAUAAAGGAAAGACGUAACUUGAUAUACGCCUUACCCACAAGUGGAGGUAAAACCUUAGUAGCAGAAGUGCUAAUGUUAAGGGAGGUGUUAAACAGGAAGAAAAAUGCACUGUUUAUACUACCGUUUGUUGCUAUAGUACAGGAAAAAAUCUGGUCCUUAGCUCCAUUUGCACUGCAAUUAGAAUUCCUACUAGAAGAGUACGCGGCUGGUAAGGGUCACAUACCGCCUAAGAGGAGACGAAAAAAGAACAGUAUUUACAUUGCUACGAUAGAAAAAGGGCUAGCCUUGAUCAGAAGUUUGAUUGAGUUGGACCGACUAGAUGAGAUCGGUUUGAUUGUUGUUGAUGAAUUGCAUCUAAUCGGAGAGGCGGGACGUGGUGGUACACUCGAAAUGUUACUGACUACUGUUAUAUUUGCUAAUAAGGGUAUACAGAUCGUGGGGAUGAGUGCCACCAUUGGUAAUCUACCGGAUAUAGCAAAGUUUUUAAACGCAGAUAUAUACGAGAAACAGUUUCGGCCAGUUGAGUUGACUGAGUAUGUGAAACUUGGUAAUAUGUUAUAUAAAAUUGUUUGGGGAAUGGAAGGUAUGGAGAUCGUGCCAGACAGGGAACUAUCUUUUGAUUAUUCAGCGGCAGGCAGUGCCCUAGAUCCGGAUGCGUUGGGGGGUCUCGUAGCGGAAGUAGUUCCAGGGGCUUCGUGUCUAGUGUUCUGUCCUACCAAGCGUAACUGCGAAAAUGUGGCAGCCCUACUCUGCAAGUUACAGAGGAAGGAAAUGACGAAUCACCGCGUACAAGAACGCCUCGCGUUACAAAAGGCCCUGAAAGGGGAAGGCGCGGCCGGUGAACUUCUGAACUGUGUUCGCUUCGGAGUGGCCUUCCAUCACGCCGGGCUGGCGGGAGAGGAGAGAGGGCUGCUGGAGCAGGCCUACAGGUCUGGCGUUAUAUCGGUGAUAUGUUGCACGUCCACUCUGGCUGCGGGGGUGAACUUGCCAGCUAAGAGGGUGAUAAUCCGCGCUCCUUUGGUUGGCAGAGAGUUCAUAACCCUGGGAGCGUAUAAACAAAUGGUUGGCCGCGCUGGUAGAGCUGGAGUGUGUGAAGCGGGUGAGAGCGUAGCGGUGUGCAGUGCGGGCGAGUGGGCGCGGCUGCGCGCCGUGCUGGCGGGCGGGCUGGCGGCGGCGCGCAGCGCGCUGCGGCCCGCGGCGCUGCUGCUGGGCGGCGCGGCGCUGCGCCUCGCCGCCUCGCGCGCGCGCCUGCGGGCGCUGCUGGCCGCCGCGCUGCUGGCCGUCGCGCCGCCGCUCGCGUCAGUGCAGCCGUCAGUAGACAUCGACCAAGUAUGCGACGAGUCCAUACGUUCGCUCGUCGAGAGCGGUGCUUUAGAAGUGGUGGGUGGUGGGAGUAUAGACACUAUGGACGAUGACACCGAAUUUGCUGUCAGCAAACUUGGGAAUGCUGCUAUUAAAGGAUGUAUGGAACUAAACGUUGCUAAAAGGUUCUUAAAAGAUUUGGAAGUGGCGUCAAGAAGUUUAGUACUAAUGGACAGUUUACAUCUAUUGUACUUGGUAACACCGCACGACUCCGGCAUAAAACCUGACUAUCGACAUUAUUAUUCACUGUAUUGUGAAUUGGAUGAAGAGGGUGUCCAAACAGCGAAAGUAUUGGGGAUAACAGAAGUGAACGCUAUUCGUAUGAUGACUGGGAAACCUAUCACUAACGUUCCAGAGAGUGUUCUUUGUCGAUUUUAUAUCGCGUUGAUGUUAAGAGAUCUUUGGAGACAGAUGCCGUUUCCUGCAGUCGCUGAAAAGUACGGCGUGUCGCGAGGCGUGCUGCAGGGCGUGAUGUCGUCGUCGUCGUCCCAGGCGGCGAGCGCGGCGCGCCUGUGCGACGAGCUGUCGCUGUGGAGCUUCCGCGCGCUGCUGGAGCCGCUGGCGGCGCGCCUGCAGCACUGCGCCGCGCCCGCGCUCGAGGGCCUGCUGGCGCUGCCCGCCGUGAGGAAGGCCCGAGCGAUGCAGUUACUACGCGCGGGAUAUAAACGUAUCGAGGACAUCGCCAAAGCGUCCGUGGACGAGUUGACAUCCUCAAUUAAUCAUCUCUCGAGGACCGCUGCUGAUCAUCUCAUCAGCUCUGCUAGGAUGAUGCUUAUAGAAAAAGUAGAAAAUUUGAGAGCCGAGGCUGAAGAUGUAAUGGAAGAUUUGAAAACAUGAAAUAACCAUAUAAAACCACGAAAAUAAAUUUAUUAAGUAAUGAGUUAAUCGUCAAAAAAUAAAA